UGUCGUGAAAACCCCAAAACAUAUUUAUUGUGGGCAAGUAAGCACGAAUCCGAAUUGCGAUUGUCUUUAAUGUGUUUCAAUGGUGUACGCAUGAUUGAAACAAAUUAAUGAUGAUCGAAUUUGAACGUCCAAACAUCACCGACGGCAGUCAGGUGAUUGAUCACGAAGAGUUUCUUGAUCGCAUCAAGAAAACACUGUACUAUGGCUCUGCUAAGGUGCGGUGCACCAAAAUCAGCCGGCCACUGGCUGAUUACGCCGCGGAUGUGUUCUCCGAAACUCAUCGAGGCCACUCACUCAGUCGGUUGAACUUUGCGACCGUCGGCAAACUUACCGUGACGCCGUGUUCCCUCAUCUUGGCGAUGAUCUAUCUUGAUCGUUUGAACGCCACCGAUCCGACCUUUGUUCGACGUGUAACGCCAUCCGAAUUAUUUAUAGUGUCGAUGAUGGUGUCCACAAAAUUUUAUUGUGGCUACGACGAGGACAUUUAUUUAAGUGCCUGGGCAGAGUCGGGAAGUAUGACCCGCGAACAAAUGAAAUCAUUGGAGCUGGAAUUCUUAGACGCUAUGAACUGGAAGGCGUACGUAUCGAAGCAUGAUUUCUUCGCCAAACUGAAAUCGGUAGAGAAAGUUCUAGCCAAACGGCAAGGUUUAACGCGCGGCUGGUUGACGUACACAGAACUGAUCAAUUUCCUUCCCUCGUUCGCCAUGGCAAAGCAAUUGAUCCACUACACCACCGUAAUGGCUCUAAGCUACACGGCUAGCGUGAUGACCAUUGCGGGAGCCUUCCUGUUAGCUAGCAAUCUUCAACUACCUGGAAACCUGCUCUAUCGAGGAUCGACAAGCAUUGGCCGAGUGCAGCUUUCCGGCACUAGCAAGAUAUCCAACAGCUCUCAUCAAAGCGGGCUGGCGGAAGACUUGGCAGACGGGGCCGGUUUACCCAGUGAAACAGACACACUCGAAGACUGCAUCUUGGAUGGACCCAUAACCGCGUCGCAACUGCUAGCGAUGAACGAAACACUAAAAGACUGCGAGAAUGCUCUUUCUUCGGGACCCCGCCGGGAGCAGCUCAACGAAAAAUGGCAUGGUACAAACAAAUGGCGAGCCGAUUCGUACAUCCCGUAUCGCUACCCCCAUAUCCGCUUUAUUUGUGAUUCCACCGGAAGUAACACGGUCGUGUCACAAAUUGACUUUCUUCAUCCUGAUGAAGAACACCAGCGGCGUCCAGAGAAUGCGGUCGCAGAAUCCGAUGUCUACGCCGAACGAACCGAUCAAGGAUCUCAAAAUUGUUCGUACGACCAUUUCAUUCCACUUAUGCUCGACAAAGGUCCAUGGUGUCCGGACAGCGGGGAUCACGAAACGGCCGGCGGCAUGUAUAAGCACUACAGGCAAACCUACGAUAUGUUCAGUUCUUUUUUGAAAUUUUUGUAGCAUUCACAGAACCAGCAUCGGCAGUAGCUAGCGUAUUACUAACAUUCUGAAAGUGUUUCGUUUAGAGAAACUUGAAUAACAGCAUGAGUAGAAAUUUUGGAUUUUUUAUAAUCUUUAAGCAAUCCGUUUAUGAAAUCAAACUGUACCUUUCCGUUUUUGGAUAUUUCCAGUUUAUUUAAUAAUUUUAUUGUUUGUUGAAACUAAUCAGUUUCUCGCUUUCGUUCCCACGCAACGAAUGGCAACGUUCUUGGCAAAAUAAACUGUUUAAUCGAAUAUCAUGGA